UCGGGCUGGCCGCACGCGACUAUCAACUUCAAAGAUGUCCAGAAUAUACGAUGGCGUGGACUCCACAUACGCGGAGGCGUGCAGUGACGUCACGCUUUGCUGUAACAAGAAGGGCUUCUUCAAAAACUUCGCCGAAGAAAUAGUUUCAAUAGCUGAAUCAAACGAUUGGCUGGAGACAUUUGAAAGAGUUGCAGAUGGGAACAAAGUUGCAGCGGUUAUGGAAAAUGAAGCGAUAAGGAACACGAUACGCGAAGUAUUCGCAAGAAUACAGCCGCUGCAUCGCGGCAAAGAUGCGCGGGUGUCGCACGAAAAGCGCUUGGCAGCUCAGGCGGCAAUCGAAUCCGGGGAUAUGACCAAAGCGUUCGCUAUGGCCAGCCAGGCCGUGCUGCGAGCGCCUAUGACUGGAGUAGACGACGUGAUUGACGGUGGAGUGUCCCUCGCUCUGGCUCUAUGGGUGAGAUCAGAAGUGUUACUCAAAACAAACAAGCACUUCGCAGCCCUCGAAGACUUGAAACUGGCCUUGAAGGAGCGGCUUCCGGCAAAAAUGCGAGCCCAGUAUUAUUGGCGCAUGGGACACUGCUAUAAAGGGGCCAAAGAACCAACCAGAGCGAAAGUGUCCUACGAGUUAGCUGGUAGAUUGUUGGGCAACAAUGAAACUGCAACAGCGCAACAGGAACUGCAAGCUGAUAUAGCAUCGUUAGAUUACACUAUGAAACCAAGUCAAACACUAAACAAAACGGGUGUACAGCUGACAGGUGGUGGGAAACUCAACAUACCCGCGUUAUCUAAUCUCGUGAAAAUAACCGAAGAGGAAGAGAAGGGACGGUUUGUGGUGGCUAAAGAUUUGAUAAAAACGGGCGAUGUCCUACUAGUGGACAGCCCUUACGCGGCUUGCUUGAUGUCGGAUUAUUAUGGCUCGCAUUGUUUGCAUUGUUUCAAACGGUUAGAAAAUAGCGAAGUUUCUGCGCCUAUCUGGUGUCCCAAAUGUUCUGCCAUCACUUUUUGUAGCGUGGAGUGUCGAGAUGUCGCUGUGGCCACAUACCAUCCGCACGAGUGUCAGUUCCUCGACCUAUUCAUAGGAUCAGGAAUGUCAAUACUGAGUCAUAUAGCAUUGCGAAUGGUAACACAAGCUGGGCUCGACACUAGCUUACAAAUCCACUCAACUUAUAUUAAAAAUGGGGCAAAAUCCGUCGAAGGCACUAUUUUAAAUGAUAUUGAAGGGAGUAAAAAAUCAAGAUUAAAAAGUAGAAAAGAAAGACUGAAUAGAUCAAAAAAAUACCUCAAGAGUUUCGACGAUAAAAAUGCAAUUGACGAAACAAAAGAAGUUAAUGAGAAAACCAAUGGCAACGAUACAUUAGAAUUGGCAGCUGGUCAAAUAUACUCGCUAUGUACCCAUUCCCAAUUGCGGAAAGGUUCGGAUUAUCUUAAAAGAGUAGUAAUGGCGAUGUUCCUCACUGAAUGCUUGAAGAAAGGAGGAUUUUUCAGCAAAUUACAUAAAGAGGCUGCGAGCCAAGCGGAAUCGUCAGUAUGCGAGCUCUUGCUUCACAACCUGCAGCUUCUCCAGUUCAAUGCUCACGAGAUAUACGAGACGGUGCGAGGAGACCACCAGUUCGCUGGCUCCAAACCAGUGUACAUAGCUGUUGGAAUCUACCCGACGGGCGCUUUGUUCAAUCACGAGUGCUAUCCCGCUGUGGCUCGAUAUUUCGAGGGUCGAAAAAUAGUUCUCCGCGCCACUAGACCUUUGAACCCUGGAGACACAGUAUCUGAAAAUUACGGUCCUCACUUCCUAGUAAGAAGCCUCAAGGAAAGGCGCAGGUCCUUGGCUUGCAGGUACUGGUUUAAUUGCCAGUGUGUCGCGUGCAAAGAAGACUGGCCUAUGUUAAAACAGAUGAACAAUAUCACGUAUUUGAGAUGUCCCAAUAUUGCUUGUAACAGCAAGUUUCUAGCGAAUCCCAAGUGUCUUCCAAACAAAUGCUCUAAAUGUUCGGUGCCAAUUGACCCGAAGUUAAUUAAAAUCUAUUUAAACAAUAUUGACGAUUGCUCUUCUCUUUACCAAGAAGGUGCUAAACUGAUGGACGAAGAGAAUCCCCAAGAAGCUAUAUCGAAGCUUUGCAAAGGCGUCGAUUUGUUCCACGAAGUGGCGAAACCGCCGCACAAGGACACACACCUGGCACAGGAAUCCUUGAGGUCCUGUUACGCGACUUUUGGCAAUGUCUACGUCGUUUCUGGGAAACCCACUUAGAAUUAUCAUUUCGGUUGUCAUUUUUAGCAAACGCUUAGCACAUUUUUAAACAGAAACUAGAUAUAAAGAAACAGUAAAUGGUUUUACCUUAUUUUUUCCACGCAGAGGAAUCGACGCACGAGGCAAUACGCAGGAAUUCUUGAGGUCAUGUUACGCUUCUUCUACCGAGGUUUUCGUGAUUUCAAUAUAUAUACAUCAUAUACUUGUGUCGAUCUUUUCUAGCAAACUCGCAGUGGAAUUACUUGUCCGCAAGAUUAAAAUUAAAUUCAAUAUGUUGUUGUGAAAGACGACAUCGAAGCUAUUUCUAACUAUUCAAUCUCAUCUAGAUAUCCAAUUCGCAGACCAUGUGGGUUGAAUUUAUUAGUAAUAUGUUGAUGGUGAAAUGCAAGUUUAUUUCCUUCAUGCAAAUUUUUAGAAAAUGUUUUAUCUAUUCAAUAUUCAAUAUCCCUCAUACGGUUAGUCUACCUACACUUGAAAUACAAAUUCUUAAACGUAUGUUCAUAUGAAAGGCACAUAAAAUUUUUCGAAAGCUUAACCCAGUUCUGAACAACGUUACCAAUACGUCGAUAUGUAAAUUGUGCAUACAUUGUUAAAAUUUCGUUACAUCGCUACAAUAGGGAUAUGAUCGACAAUAGAGAGAAAUAGCCGGAGGCUUCGCAAACAAUAUAAACAUUGCAAGCUCAAAUAUUAAAAUUGCACACAGGAAAAUAGCGAAACAUUUUCGGAAUUUUUAAUGCAACGUACCUGCAAUACUGGACGCUUCGCAUUCGAAAACACUGCAAUAUUUUCCUGCAAGGUGUCCGUUCUUUAUGCGUUUUUUUUGUUCACUUUAGAAACUUCAAGUAUCGGUAUUCGUUUUUUCUUGAUGAGUUUACUUCCGAUAUUUUUCAUUCAAUGUUGAAGCAAAAAUAUAUUGCUAUUUUAAUUAAAUUUUUCCAUUUUUCAGCUGAAAGUUUUAUUUUACUCUUACAUUGUUGCCUUAAAGACAAGUGUUUUAUAGUAAGCGUAGAGAACGGUACAAUGAAUCGGUAUUAAUAAGAGUAUAUACAAAUUAGCCGAGUGUCUGCGAUGGAAAACCACCCAAAGACUGGUUGUUU